AUGUCGUGUCCUGGUUGUUCUUGUGAGAGUUCUAAGACCUAUGUAGAGCACUUUGAGUACCAGAGACAUAUGCAAUUUCUCUUAGGACUAAAUGAAUCUUAUAAUCAGUCUAGAAGUCAGAUUAUGAUGCUUGAUCCAGCACCAGGUGUAAACAAAGCUUUUUCUCUUGUAAUGGUUGAAGAAAGUCAGAGAAUCCUUGGUAAAUCUAAUACAACAGGAAGUGAUCACUCUGUUUCUGCUAAUGCUGGUGGGAUGAAUGAGGCUAUGGCCUUUUUUAGUAAUGGUAAAGGACAUAUACCAAGAUCAGGAUCUACUUCACAGUCAGGGUCUAAUCCUUCUACUGGAGCUGGGUUUAGAUCUAAUCAUAAACAAUUUAACAACAAUAGCACUCUUUACUGUGGAUUCAACAAUGCUCUUGGACUGCUUAUGCAUCAUCAUAAUGCCUCAACAUGGAAUAGUCAAGGAGCAACUAAUGAUUCUAGUUUCUCUAAGAUUCUAACUACUGGAUCUUCUGGUUACAUGCAGCUCUUGCAACUAAUAGAGCCAGAUAAUGCAAAGAGUAACUGUGAUACUACUACUACUGCUCAUGCAUCAGGUAUGAUGAUUUGUCCUUCUCUCAUUCCUGAUGCUGACAAAUGGAUCAUUGAUACAGGAGCAUCCAAACACAUGGACCUCUCAAGUGGGAAUGUGAGAGGGCCUGGCACACUGGUGAAUGAUCUGUACGUGAUUCAUGUUGAUACUCAGUUAAAGACUCAGGGAACUCAACUGAAGUCUCAGCAAGAUCAAACUACUAAUGCUAAUGUGGUUUCUUCUACUAGUCCUAACAACUUGGUUUUAUGGCAUCAAAGGCUGGGUCAUGUACCUAGUUCUUGCACUUAUACCCCACAACAGAAUGGGGUUGUAGAGAGAAAACAUCGACAUGUUCUUGAGAUGGCCAGAUCCUUGAGAUUUCAGUCUCACCUUCCUCUCAGAUUCUGGGGAGAAUGUGUUCUCACAAGUGUGUACUUAAUAAACAGGAUACCCUCCACAGUUCUUAAAGGUAAAACUCAUUAUGAGCUGUUGUAUAAAACUCUUCCUUCUCUUGAUCAUCUUAGAGUGUUUGGUUGUCUUGCAUUUGCUUCUGAGGUAAAGAAGACUGACAAAUUUUCCUCAAGAGUUGUUCCAGCUGUGUUUCUUGGUUAUUCUAGUCUUCAAAAGUUCUCCUCUUUCCCUGUGCUCCAAUUUACAGGAGACACUUCCACAGACUUACUUUGUGCAGAGUUGCCUUUGUGUGAUCAGGCUGUCCCUGAGCCUUCUGACUUUUCUUUGAAUCCUCAGUCCAGUUCUCAUGUGCCACUUCCUCCACUUCCCAUUUCUUCACAUGUGUCUGUUAGUCUUCGAAAAUCUUCUCGACCAAUUAAACCUCCUAUAUGGAUGACUGAUUUUAUCACUCCUAAGUCUAGGUCUGCUUGCUUUUACCAUGUAUCCGAUAGUGUGUCCUAUGAUCUUCUUUCUGCUUCCUAUGAUGCUGCAUUUGCUGCUUACUCCUCUAUCUAUGAGCCUAUAUCCUUUGCUGAGGCUUCUUCCCAUCCUCAAUGGGUUGAUGCCAUGAAGGCUGAAAUCAGUGCUUUAUGUAACACCCCGACUUUUCAAAACGUAUAA